AAUGGCGCCAGCCCGCAAGAGCAGUUCGUUGCCGGAAGGGUACAAGGAAGAUGCGUCCAAGGGACCCAUGCUUCGCUUCGAGGAGUCGCUGCCACGUCUGCCCGUUCCAACCCUGGAAGAGACAGCAAAGCGCUACCUCAGAUCAGUGCACCCUCUUCUGAGCAAGCAAGAGUACGCUCAAACAGAAAAGGCCGUCAACGACUUCCUCGCUCCCGACAGUCUCGGCCAGACGCUGCAGAAGCGCCUGCUUGCAAGAAGGGAGGAUCCCAAACACAAGAAUUGGAUUUACGAGUGGUGGAACGAUGCCGCAUACCUUGCCUACCGUGAUCCCGUCGUGCCCUAUGUCUCCUACUUCUACAGCCACCGCGAUGACCGCAAGCGAAGAAACCCCGCAAAGAGAGCCGCUGCCAUCACCUCGUCCGUCCUCGACUUCAGGAAGCAGGUCGUUGAAGGCACUCUUGAGCCAGAGUACAUGAAGAAGCUGCCCAUCGCCAUGAGCAGUUAUGAGUUCAUGUUCAACUGCUGUCGUAUCCCCGCUAAGCCGGCCGACUACCCCAAGCAGUACGCUCCUAACGACCACAAGUACAUUACCGUCGUUCGCAAGAACCAGUUCUUCAAGGUCAUGCACGAGGUCAAUGGCAAGGAGCUCACCACUGCCGAAUUGGAGCAGCAGUUCCUGCGCAUCUACCAAUUGGCCGAGGACACUCCCGCUGUUGGUGUCAUGACUACUGAGAACAGAGACACCUGGACUGAGAUGCGCGACGCCCUGAUUGCUCAGAACCCCUCCAACGAGGCCGCUCUCCAAACCAUCGAGGCAUCGUCCUUUGUCGUCUGCUUGGACGAGGCAAGACCGGUGACACUCGAAGAGCGCGCCCACCAAUACUGGCACGGCAAUGGUGCAAACCGCUUCUUCGACAAGCCGCUCCAGUUCAUCGUCAAUGACAAUGGAACUUCAGGUUUCAUGGGUGAGCACAGCAUGAUGGACGGCACACCCACCCACCGCCUCAACGACUACAUCAACAUGCUCAUCUUCAACAACAAGCUCGACUAUGACAACCCUUCAGUCCGCAGCAACCUCCCCGAACCCACUCCCAUCCGCUUCGAUCUCUCNCCCUCCAACCUCGAAGAUGUUGGCCGCGCUCAGUCGCAUUUCACAAAGGUCAUUGGCGAGCACGAGCUCAAGGUACAAGCAUAUCAAGGCUACGGAAAGGGCUUGAUCAAGAAGUUCAAGUGCAGUCCCGACGCAUACGUCCAGAUGAUCAUCCAGCUCGCCUACCACAAGUUCUACGGCAAGAACAGACCCACCUACGAGUCCGCCGCCACCCGCCGCUUCCAACAGGGACGCACCGAGACUUGCCGCACCGUCAGCGAAGAGUCCGUUGCAUUCACCGACGCCAUGGCCAAUCCCGAAGCCACACCCGACGAGUGCAGACAAAAGCUGCAAUCCGCCAUCAAGCAGCACGUUGCCUACAUCAGCGACGCCUCGGACGGCAAGGGCGUGGACCGCCACCUCUUCGGUCUCAAGAAACUGCUCAAGGAAGGCGAACAACUGCCCUCCAUCUUCAGCGACCCAGCCUUUUCCUACUCAUCCACCUGGUUCAUCUCCUCAUCGCAACUGUCUUCGGAGUACUUCAACGGCUACGGCUGGAGCCAAGUCGUCGAUGAGGGCUGGGGCAUCGCCUACAUGAUCAACGAGAACAGUCUGCAGUUCAACAUUGUGUCCAAGAAGCUGGGAUCUGAGCGCAUGAGCCACUACAUUAAUGAGGCUGCAGAAGAGAUGAAGGAGCUCAUGCUUCCUACCAUUGAGACCAAGGCCAAGCUG